GCGGGAGCUAGCCUUUGUGUCCCACACACGUCCUAUCCCUACUUCCUCCUUACCUAUAAGCCUCUCUGCAUCCUCCCUCCUGGUUGCCCUUUUCCCCCAUUUCUCCCUCCUGCUGCUCCAUACUUAACACAAACAAUUCGUCUGACCCCACCUCCACCUCCACCUCCCACCUCCAUCCUCCAUCCUCUCGGCUGCUCAACUCUGGGGGGCUCGUUGAUCGACUCAUCAUCCUAACAUUACUCCUCCAGUGCAACCUGUAGCCAUCGAGGGAGCAGUAACCAUGGAUGCCAUCUAUCCCGUGAUGGCCUCGGUUAUGAGGAGAGACCCAGUUGAGGAAAGUCCUAGUGCUCAGAGGAGGCAGUCGGAGGGUUCCUUCGUGUCCAGUAUAUCUCUUGCCAUGAUUGCUAUUACCGUCGUCAGUUUCUGUUUGGCACGACGACUUGUAGGAGUUCGUGACUUGUCAACGUUGCCGUUAGCGCGCUGGUUGAUUCUCGCUGUUUUCACCGACAGUUGGAUGUUUGUGCUUUCGAGUACAAUUUUACAAGCGAGUUUCGGUCUCAACAGCAGUCUUAGAGCAUGCGAUGCGGGAAUAUUGCUCUGCCUAGUUUGCUAUCUCAGCUCGAAGGUUCUAAUGUACUUUUUCCUUGUCGAAAAGGUUUUCAUCGUUCGUGGCAAUCGCAAUUCGAGGUUCAAGGACAAGCUCUUCCUAUUCAAUACUCUCGGCAUGCUUUUGCCCUACUGCGUGGUCAUCACCUUAACUUUCGUUUAUCGCAACGCCGAGAUGGAGAACGGGCAGUGUAAGAUUGGGUUGAAGCUUCCUGCCAACCUUCCGCUACUUAUUUUUGAUUUCGUAAUUAAUGUCUAUCUCACCUUUCUGUUCCUGAAACCUCUUCAUGGUCUCUGGAGUUUUCAAAACGGGGCCAAGUCCAAACAGAGCCGUCUUCAUCGGGUCGCCCUUCGGACUUUUAUUGGAAGUUGCGCAACAUUGGUUUCUACUCUUGGUAACUUGAUUUCUCUCAUUAUUUUGAGGGGAAAAGAGCCCGGAUGGAUCUGUUUUGCGGUUUGCAAUUCCGAUAUUCUGUUUUCUGUUCUUGUCCUGCAUUGGGUUACCCACCAAGAUGAUGAUAUCUCCACCGAUGGGAAGACUCGCUGCGAGGGGUGUGACCGCACAAUUGGAUGCAGAGGCGAUCCUUAUUCAAUUAGCCGCGGAUCUAAUUUCGGUGGCCUUAGCAGAGACCACAAGGGUCGGGUUGGUGGUGGGGGGGCUGGCGAGGUCGUUACAAGCAUACAUGCGGUACCAAAGGGCGCGUGCCAUCACGAUAAAUCGAUACCUCUUGAUGGAAUCCUGACGCACACCGAAGUGACGCGCACCGAAGUGCGCAGGGAUAUUGAGAGCCUGGGGGGAACCUCCGAGAUGGAAGAAGAAGACCCCCGGGUCAAUUCUACGGACAAUAUCCGUCAAUCAGCUUGCGGUCCAUAAACGGUUUAAAUUGCCCAAAAAUACAUCACUUUUCCUCGUCCUAUGCAUUGUAAUCUGUUGUUGAGAAAAUUUGGCUUCUUUGUACAUAUUUGAUUUUUUUUCCCCCCCUAUGUUACAGGUGCUAGGGUAUGCAUUCUGUGGGUUGGAUAAUCGUAUAUCUUCACUUCUCUCCCCGUGGCCGGUCUCUUUGUUUGGGGGUUAUGGGAAUGGGUGAGGAGGAUUGUGGGAGCGAUUCGUUUGCGUAUGCAUGUUUGGACUUUUUCUUUCUUCGGGAUUAUAUCUGCAUUUGAGUAUUACAGGCCUAACAAUACCCCUGGCUGACAUAUUUUAAAAACUAGAUAUGGUAUUGGCGCAGCGGCAAGCUUGCGGGGGGGGGAGAGGGUACGGAUAUGGGAGUUGAAGCGUUAUUCGGUGCUCAUAGUUACCUUAUUACCUUGUAUCAUUAAUCAGACUAUUUUAUGUCCCUCGCGAAUUGGUCGGUUGGGACGGGUAACCGUG